GACGUUCCGAGAGAGCUGCUGAACUUCUCCUUCUCCAGCUGGUCCUUUGAGUUGGAGAGGAUUGAUCUCCAGGAGCAAGCGUUGGAGCAUCUUGGCGUCUUCCUCCCGCUGCAGGUCAAAGAGGCUUUUCUCGAGGAUGUGGUGAUCUCCCUCCGAUGGGGGUCCUCGGGCAGUGUGUCCAUGCAGGCAAGACGAUGCGUCAUCAAGACGGCCGUGCGCCCGUACCAGGAUUGGAUUGAGACUUGGCGCGCAGCGCCGGACCUAUCCGGUCGGGAUGCAGCCAAGAGAUUCAAGGCGGCCGCCCUGCGAGAACACGAGGAGGAGGUCUUGGCGCUGGCCCGGCGGCAGCUCGGGCACGCGGGGGAGCCAAAGGGGCAGGGCUCCGCGCUGUUCAUGCCGGAUCUCGAGAUCACUCUGGGUACAGGUGCUGAGGAGGCAGAUAUCUUGCAGCUAGAGAUCGAGGAUACGCAGGCGGACGCCCGGGUUCCGCUGUCCAUCAGCUUGAGCGGACGCCUCGCUUUCAACCUCUGCCUCCGGCAUUUGGCGAGCCCGAAGUACCCGGCUUGGCGAUUAGACCUGAACUUCUUUGACGUCACGCUGGGCUGUGCGCUGGGGGCGGAGACCUCGGAGCCCGUUCUGGGCCCCUGCGAUCUGCUUUGCGUGGAGCUGGCCUUCGCGAAGCACGGGAAGGUCUCGCCAGAGGAGGUCCCAGACUGGCCCCAGCGACUGCUGCACGCCCCUGCAGUCUUGGAGGAGCGAUCAAGCUUAGCGCCGACACUACCGACCAUUCACCUGUCGAUUGGCAGCGAGAGGCCCUGCCCGCUCCGCGUCUCCCUGGACCAGCUGGGCGCCCUGACGAAGCACGGGCUCAGUUGGGGACGAUGGUUCGCGCUGAAAGAG